AUGGUGGAUCCAAUUCUGGCAGUGAACAGAAUACUGUUGGCUCUCUCACUGCAGAAGAACCCAAUGCCAAUAGUGAAGAAAAUAAGUCUGAAAAUGCACCAACUUCCCCCAACGAGAAUAGUACGCAAGGUACUAACGAUGCAGGCAACAGUAGUGCUGUACAGAUUCAAGGAAGUACAGACAAAGAAUCUGAACCUGAGAAUGGCACUACACCCAAUACUAAUGAGGAAUCAAUCACCACCAUCACCACCACCACAACAACAACACUUCCUCCUGAGCCUGCAAACAACAAGAAGGGUGAUUUAG